AGUAGAUUUUGGUGUGCGAGUGAGAGUGAAUAUAAAGACUGAGGCGCACACACAUUAACCUUCUCUCUUUCUCGAAAUCCUUCUCUUCUCUUCUUCUGUGGUAGAGGAACCAGAAGGGCUUUGCGUUGUGCCUCCCUCACCCUCACAACUAGCAGAGUAGAUAGAGCAGAUGGGAGAGAGGAUCCCAUCUGGGACUUAUUUCCAGUUCCCUCCUCCCGGACCCGGACUUCCUCCAUCGCCUAUUAGGUCCUCCUCUAUUCCUUCAGAUCGCGAAAGAUAUUUGGCUGAAUUAUUGGCAGAGAGGCAAAAGUUGGGACCAUUUGUGCAAGUUCUUCCACAAUGUACCAGGCUCAUAACUCAAGAAAUCAGACGGAUAACGGGCUUUAACCAAGGUUUCAUUGAACAUGAUAGACCUGAGUCAGACAGUCCGUUUAGGUCCUUAAGUCAACAUCCAAAUAGUAGGCCAAUGGAUUUGGAGGGAUGGCCUGCUGUACCAAUUGAGGACAAUGGAAAUCUGCAAAGAAUAGCAUCAUUUCAAGCACCGCCUAUGGGUUGGCCUGGGACACAAGGAGUUCCGACGACACCUGUAGUGAAGAGAGUUAUCAGGCUUGAUGUCCCUGUAGAGAAAUAUCCAAAUCAGUAUAAUUUUGUUGGCCGAAUUUUGGGACCUCGCGGGAACUCAUUGAAAAGAGUGGAAGCCAUGACAGAAUGUAGGGUUUAUAUCAGAGGCUGUGGCUCUGUGAAGGAUUCUAUUAAGGAAGAGAAGCUUAAAGAUAAACCUGGAUAUGAGCACCUUAAUGAACCAUUGCAUGUGUUGGUGGAGGCAGAAUUUCCAGAGGAUAUAAUCAAUUCUCGCUUGGAUCAUGCGGUGGCGAUACUAGAAAAUCUUUUGAAGCCUGUGGAUGAAUCACUUGACCAUUAUAAGAAGCAGCAAUUGAGGGAGUUAGCUAUGAUCAAUGGUACUUUGAGGGAGGAAAGUCCAAGCAUGAGCCCGAGUAUGAGUCCAAGCUUGUCACCAUUUAACAGUACUGGAAUGAAACGAGCCAAGACAGGAAGAUGACCCUAAUAUGCUUGUUUACAAUUGGACCAUACAUUUUUUUCAAGCUCUUAGAAUUUGGAGGUGGCCUUUUCACUCCAUAAACUCUGUCGGGCUUGAAUCUCCUUGAGCACCUUGCAAGGAUGACUGAUGGUUCUCUGACGGCUAUUCUUUGGUGUAUUAACCGCCACAACAUUGACAGUCAUUUUGUUGAAGUUAUAGUAUUAACUAAUUUGCAGGUGCUACUUAGUAGCAUACUCCUAGUUUGAUUAUUUUUUUCAUUUGAUUUUGCAUUUGUCUAAUUAAGUUACAUGCGUAUGUCAUAUAUGCAUGGUAUUGGAUUUUAAGCUAAAUAAAACAUGUGGAGUGGCUUUGAUUAUUAUAUUGUGACCUGAAUAUUUUUGGCAUCAUUAUUCAAUAAUUGUCAAUUCGUA